UCAAUUUCUGCGCUUUAUUGCUGGUGAAAUUCCUUGCUUCUCUGCUGUGAAAUUUCCAGCCUGUAGUCUACUGAUUGCUGGGGCGUGCAUGAACAAGGAAGAGACUCGACAGUGCGGGGAGAAAGUUUGGAAGCAAAGCAAGUCUUUAUUAGUUUGCGCAUUUCGAUUAGGUGGGUGCGUGGGAUCCCCGAAUUAAAACAGAAGGACACAUUAUUGAAAAACAACUGCUUUAGUAGCGAUUCAUAUGAACAGUAGGCUAACCUGUAAUUUUGAUUUGGACAUCCCAGUGGGAACUAUGCGUAGACGGCAAUGACUGACUGGCUAUAGUUUAACCCGACUUUUUCCAACUUGGUUGUUACAGCGGGGAAAAGAAUCAAAAACUAUAUUAUUAACAAUUCUUUGGGAAUAGUCCAACGAUAUUAAAGGGAUUAAAAAUGCCGGACCUAAUCUCAGUGUUGGAAUUCAUGGCCGAGACAACCGAAGAUUAUAAAGCUCCCACGACCUCCAACUUCACCACUCGAAUGUCUCAUUGUAGGAAUGCCGUGGCAGCACUGGAAGAGGCUCUGGAUGGUGACCGCAGUGUGCUGCAGAAAAUGAAGAAGUCAGUCAAGGCCAUCAAUAGCUCUGGUCUUGCCCAUGUGGAGAACGAGGAGCAGUAUAUCCAGGCCCUGGAGAAGUUUGGGGACAACUGUGUCUGCAGGGAUGAUCCAGCCCUGGGAUCAGGCUUCCUCAAAUUUUCCGUGUUCACCAAAGAGCUCACUGCUCUGUUCAAGAACCUGUGUCAAAACAUGAACAACAUUAUCACUUUUCCGCUGGACAGUCUGCUGAAAGGUGAUCUGAAAGGUGUGAAAGGGGAUCUGAAAAAGCCUUUUGAUAAGGCCUGGAAAGACUAUGAAACAAAAGUCACGAAGAUCGAGAAGGAGAAGAAGGAGCACGCGAAGCAGCACGGGAUGAUCCGCACCGAAAUCAGCGGUGGCGAGAUCGCCGAGGAGAUGGAGAAAGAGAGGCGUCUCUUCCAGCUGCAGAUGUGCGAGUAUCUCCUCAAAGUGAACGAAAUUAAAGUCAAGAAGGGCGUCGACUUACUCCAGAACCUCAUCAAAUAUUUUCAUGCGCAGUGCAACUUCUUCCAAGAUGGGCUGAAGGCAGUGGAAAACCUCAAACCCUCAAUUGAGAAACUGGCCACAGACUUGGUAGCGAUCAAACAGACUCAGGAUGGAGAGCGGAAGCAGCUCGCCCAGCUACGGGACCUUCUGAAGGCCUCCUUGCAGGCGGAGCCAAAAGAGGACUCCCAGGCACGGCAGAACGCCUCUUACAGUUUGCACCAACUCCAGGGAAACAAGGAACAUGGCACAGAGCGCAACGGCUUCCUGUUCAAGAAGAGUGACGGGCUCAGGAAAGUGUGGCAGAAGAGAAGGUGUUCUGUGAGGAACGGGUACCUGAGCAUCUGCCAUGGAACGGGGACCAGACCUCCCGCUAAGCUGAACCUUUUAACCUGCCAAGUGAAAUGCAACCCAGAUGAGAAGAAAAGCUUCGAUCUUAUAUCACAUGACCGGACGUAUCACUUCCAGACGGAGGACGAGCGGGAAUGUCAGAUAUGGAUAUCUGUGCUGCAGAACAGCAAGGAGGAAGCCCUGAGCGACGCCUUCAAGGGCGAUCAGAAUGAGGGGGAGAACAACAUCGUGCAGGAGCUGACCAAGGCCAUCCUGGGGGAGGUGAAGAGGAUGUCAGGGAACGACGUGUGCGGCGACUGCGGAGCGCCGAAUCCUACCUGGCUCUCCACUAACCUGGGAAUCCUGAUAUGCAUCGAAUGUUCUGGGAUUCAUCGGGAAAUGGGCGUUCACUACUCUCGGAUACAAUCUCUGACGCUGGAUGAUCUCGGAACGUCUGAACUCUUGCUGGCCAAGAACGUGGGGAAUGCAGGCUUUAACGAGAUCAUGGAGGCGCGUCUGUCAGAAGAAGGAGUGGCCAAACCUGAACCUACCAGUGACAUGCAGGUGCGUAAGGACUACAUCAUGGCCAAGUACACGGAGAAGCGCUUCGCCCAGAGGAAGUGUGCCGACAACUCGUCCAAACUGCGCGCCCUGCGCGAUGCGGUGAAGAGCCGGGACAUCUUCGCCCUGAUCCAGGUGUACACCGAAGGGGUGGACCUGAUGGAGCCCAUUCCGAUGGCCAAUGAGCACGAGCCAGGGGAGACAGCGCUUCAUCUGGCUGUGCGGCUAGUGGACCGGACCUCGCUCCACAUCGUGGACUUCCUGACCCAGAACAGUGGGAACCUGAAUAAGCAGACAGCCAAAGGCAGCACCGCCUUGCACUACUGCUGCCUGACGGACAACAGCGAGUGCCUGAAACUGCUGCUGCGAGGCAAAGCAUCCAUAGACAUUGUUAACGAGGCCGGGGAGACCGCGCUGGACCUCGCCAAGCGACUGAGACACACACAGUGUGAGGAGCUGCUGACCCAAGCUCUGGGGGGGAAGUUCAAUGCCCGCGUGCACGUGGAGUACGAGUGGCGACUGCAUCACGAGGACCUGGAUGAGAGUGACGAUGACAUGGAGGACAAGCCUAUCCCCAACCGUCGCGAAGAGCGUCCGGUCAGCUGCUUCGUGCCGGGCACGCACCCCCUGCAGCCGAACAUGACCUCCCUGGCGCGGGACGCGGCAAACUUAGCCAGAGACCGACAGAGGAGCUUCAUCCCCAGCAUGAUCAGCAACGAGACCUACGGAACCUUCCUGAACCUCUCCCCCCCCGGACUGCCCGGCAUCCCAGGCCCCCAGCUGCCGCCCCGGACCGUGAGCAAAGGACCGCCCCCAGUACCGAGCCAUGGAAUUCAAUCUGGCUUGGCGUCGUGGAAGAACGACACCGUGGAGGUUGUGGGCCGACAGAGAUCCUCCUCAGACCCACAAAAUCUCUACCCCCAGGAAUCCCCCACGGCUACAUAUGUUCUCCCACCAGUUCCACCACCACCUCCAUUACCAAAAUCAAUGAGCAGGCCGGUGCCACCAGCACCCCCAAUGCCCCCCAUGACUACUCUGCCCCCUGUGCCCACGGUCAAGUUCAUCCCACCCCCGCCCCCGCUGCCUGGCCCACCUCCACCCCCCCUGGCUGGCCCGCCUCCACCCCCACUGCCAGGCCCACCCCCCAGCAGACCACCAAAUAUUCCCAAAUCUCCCAGCAGAAGAGAGAAAUCCGUCAAUAUGGGAGCUCCUUUCAUGUCCAGACCAGCCGACAGACCAGGAAAGGAAGCCCCUGGAUCCUCUAAGAGCUCGUCGGGCAGGACUCAACCUCCUGCAACGAUGCCUCGGACCACCCAGCAGAAACAGAAGGUUCAGAGGGUGAAAGCCAUCUAUAACUGUGAUGCUGAUAACCCUGAUGAGCUCACAUUCAAAGAGGGAGAGGUGAUUGUGGUGGAUGGGGAAGAGGACCAUGAGUGGUGGUACGGCCACGUGGAGGGCGAUCCGGUGAGGAGGGGCGUUUUCCCUGUGACGUUUGUGCACUUCAUCACAGACUGACGGAGGAGAGUUCUCCACCCGUGUGCUGAGGGAGGCCUGCUUGUACCAGCUCCACCACCCCUGGAUGAUCUUCCAUACCCACAGUUACUCCUCCAUCAGCAACAGGACAUUCGACCGCUGGAGUCAGGGCUCGCAGGAACAUUUUUACUCGUGAACUGUAUAUAUUUUUAAAACAUCAUGGACAAUGUCUUUCUGCAGGAUAUGCACUUUUACAUAUGUUUUCGUUUUUGUUGGUCUUAAAACUGAAAAGAAAAAGGAACUGAAUGUUUCGUCAAAGUUUAACGAACACCACUCCGUUCAAGCAGAUGUGAACUGGAGGAUUGAUCAGUAACCACCGUGCAGGGAACGACAUGGGAACAGAAAGAAUGUGUGUACUUUUGGGAUUUUUUUGUACGCAAAUACAGAAUUUUACUACUGA